AUGUCUAUCCCCACACAAUUCGUGCGGAAGUCUCUCUUCCCCGCAUCUCGAUACGUAACACGAAGCCACUUUGUUGCUCCAUCCUCACCUUUCAACUUCUGUUACCGCACAAUGGCUACCGCUGGAAAGAAAGAGUUCCUCUGCAUCCUCCCGGAUAAGCCGGACGCGCUGGCACGGCGUCUGGAGGUCAGACCCACUCAUUUGGCUGAGGCCAAGUCGUCUGCAUCGGUUGGAAAGGUGGUUGUUGGCGGAGCCAUGUUUGAGACGGAACACCCCUCUGAGGGAAAGCCGCCUGCUUUCAAGGGAAGCAUGAUUAUCUACACCGUCAGCAGUGCCGAUGAGGCAUGGGAGCUGAUCAAGAACGAUGUUUACGCCAAGAACGACGUCUGGGACCUUGAGAAGGCCCAGGUAAUUCCGUUUGUUUCCGCUAUUCGCGAGAGUCUCUAG